AGACACCGGUGUGUUCACAAAUGGUUAACCUGAAGGUCGGGACUCUCGAGACUCCCUUCUCCCCUUGGUAUGACAUCACUGCUGGACAAAGCAGCAAGGAGUGGUUUCUGUGAAGAGAACCGUCCCAAAUCAAUGGACCAUACCCACACACCCUGAAAACACAUCUUACAGCUUUAUCCACCGUCAACAAACUGUUAUCGCGUCGGCGGCAGUUCCAGCAGUGCUUUGUUGAGAGGGGAAUGAACUACUCUGGAAAAUAACAUCGGCUGUGCUGCUGCUCACAGAAAAGAGUCACCGCCGCUGGAUGGUUGGUGCUUUCUAAGUUUCGCCCUCCUAACAUGCGCUGUGUCUGAAGAAACUGACCCGCGGUUCAAAUCCACCCUGGAAGACGAUGCUGUCCCUCCUGCUGUCUGCAAUGCUGGCCAUCCAAGCUAUGGCUGUGAUGGAAGUGCACGUCCCAGAGCAGCCAGUGGUGGCGCUGCAUGGCAUGGAUGCCACACUCAACUGCUCCUUCACCCACGCCAGCCCCUUCAACUUGUCUGAUCUGAGCGUCUUCUGGCAGCUGACCGACACCCAACGCAGUGUGCACGGGUAUGGGGAGGGACGCGACAAGCUGGUGGACCAGGCUGAGCGCUUCGCCAACCGCACCAGUCUGUUCCCUACCCAGCUGGGCCUGGGCAACGCUUCGCUCCUGCUGAGCAGGGUCGUGGUGGCUGAUGAAGGCAGCUAUACCUGCUUUGUCAGGGUGCAGGACUACGGCAGCGCUGCUCUGCUGCUGCAGGUGGCCGCCCCCUACUCCAAGCCUGUAGUAACGUUGGAGUCUGAAUCCAACCUACGACCAGGUGAUGAGGUGGCCCUGACUUGUGUGGCCUAUGGCGGUUAUCCCGAAGCUGGUGUGAUAUGGCAGGAUGGUGGCGGUCGCAACCUGACGGACAAUAUCACCACUUCAUUGGUGGCCAAUGAGGAAGGGCUGUUCACUAUCACCAGCGUGCUGACAGUUGUCCUGGAGCCCAAUAGCACCUACAGCUGCGGACUGAUCAACCCACUACUGGGCGAGGAGGGCUACGCCUUUGUCACGAUCACAGGUCAGAACAUCGCGUUCCCCCCGGUGGCUCUGUGGGUAACUGUUGGCCUGGCCGUGUGUCUGCUGGUGCUGCUCAUUGCCCUGGCUGCUGUCUGCCGCAGGAAGAUCAAGGAGAGCUGCGAGGAGGCCAGGAGAGAAGCUGAAGAGGCCAAGGAACUGGAAGAAGAGGAGUCAAAGACAGCCAUGACGCUAUUGGAAAGCUAAGGCCAAGAAAAUAAAGGAGUCGGGGCCAGACGGCGGAUAGGAGAUGAGUCUGGCGGGUAAUCCCACUCCACCUAUCCAUCAACUUGGAGACUAUUUCCAGCGUCCCCUACAGAAUGUCAAAGCCUCGCUGAGCAGAAGAUGAGUCCAUCAUCUUCUUUCUAAGACUUUCCCUCGAGUUUCCAUCAAAACACAUAAACACAUCAUGUGCCAUUAUUUUCUAUUGCCCUCGCCUCCCUUUUUCUGUCAAUGGAGGGCGGCGGCGGUGAGCGAACGCAGUUGAGCCGGUGGUUCCGUGCAGUAUGCAAAAGAGAAGCUCUGUUUGAAAACUACAGGAUGUGACAGGAUCCUUUCUCUGUCGCUGACAUCACUCUGUAUGGGUUGUGAUGGGGCAUGUGCCAGAGAUCUCCUGUCUAAUAGGAAGUGAGACACUUAAAGAGAUGACCCUGCCUCAGUUGCCAUCACUGUCUCUCUGCCAGAGAGAGAGCUUGGCUCUCCCAUUACUCCUGCACUUGCUAAUUAGCGUCUGUCGCUGGAGUAACUUGUACCUGUCAGUGUGUGCCGCUCUCCUAUAUUCAGUAACUUGAGGGAAUUGAAAUUGAAUGCCAGCUAAGCUCCAACAAACUGCAAAUGGUGCAUGGGAUACACCCUGAUUUUCUCACUGACCUGACAGCCUUAUAUGUAAGAAAUUGUUUUUAAUGAACACACACUAUCUCAGCUACUUUCUCCUGCUGGGGUGCAAUGUUUUAUCUCCUCCAGACUCGGGGCUGUACCGGUUGUUUUAUUGCAUUUUUUUAGGUACUUGAGCAAGUCCCUGUGCCAUAUGUCCAUGUAUGAAUGCCAAAGCCAUUUGUGUCAGAUAACCCAGUGCCUAUUUACAUUAAAGAGACAUGGUGAAA